AUGGGUAUCAUAAAUACGUCUGUAAAUAAAGAACAAGAUCCUUAUUUAAUUUCUGAAACGAUAGAAAUUCCUGACUGCGUACCAUGCCCAAAUGAAGAUGACAAGAAACCUGGUAAUCCAGGGAGUUUCGAAGAACUUCAUAAAAAAGUGAAGGAUCUUUAUCCUCAAAAUUUUGAGGGCGCAAGAUUAUUAGUUCAAAAGGUUCUCAGUUCCCAUUUCAAUGUAACCCACGCGAUAACGUUGAGUUCUGUAACUCCUUCGGGAUACAAAUUUGGCGCAUCUUAUAUUGGAAUUAAGGCAGUUGGUUUGCACGAGAAAUAUCCAAUUGUUAAAGGUGAUAUUAUUCCUAAUGGAAACAUGACGGCUAAUUUUGUACAUACGCUUGGAUGUAGAUUUAGAUUCAAGUUAUUUACACAAGUUGCUAAUUGCAAAUACAAGGCUUCCAGUUCCUCCGUAGAAUAUCGGUCUAACGAUUACACCUUGGCAUUAACGCUAGCUAAUCCUAAUUUUAUCAAACAACAAGGAACUAUUGUAUUACAUUUUUUGCAAGCAAUUACAUCUAGGAUUACAUUGGGUGCAGAAAUAGCUUGUCUAAGAGGUUCUAAACUUUCGUCCGGUCAACAGACCUUAAUGUGUGUAGCGUUCAGAUACAACACAGGACAUGCCACAUGGUCUGCCACUUUAGGAGAAGCUGGUAUUCAUAUUUGUUAUUAUAGAAGAGCAAGUCAACAACUACAACUCGGCGUUGAGAUAGAAACAAACAUGAGGAUUCACGAAUCAAUUGCUACUAUUGUAUAUCAAAUUAAUAUACCAUACGCUGAUCUCAUUUUCAGAGGAAUUGUGAAUUCUGAAAGUAGUAUUGGUUGCGUAUUCGAGAAAAAAUUAUAUCCAAUUUCGGAAUCGUCAUUAAUUAUUAGCGGAUUAUUGAAUCACGCGAAUCAACAAUUUCGCGUGGGUGUGGGUCUUAACAUUGGUGUAUAA